AGUAGAAGUGUCACUCUGUUGCAUCUUGAAAAGAGUGUGAUCGAAGCAGAAGUGGCGGAUAUCGAAGAAGUGGAGGAUUGGAGGGCCCCGAUCUUGGAGGAGCUGAGAGGAGGAGCGAUAAAGGUGGUUAGGAGGUUUUUUGAGCAUGGAGGCAUUCUUUACAAACGAUCAUAUGGAGGACCACACAUGCGUUGUGUUACUAAGGAAGAAGGUCGAUACGUGCUGAGAGAGAUGCACGAAGGUUGUUGCAGUGACCAUAGUAAGUCAGGGGCCUUGGUCGCGAAGAUUCUGAGGGCAGGAUAUUUUUGGCCGACGAUGAGGGAAGAUGCGAAGACGAUGGUGAAGAAGUGCUUGCAAUGCCAAAAGCAUGGCCCCCUUAUCCACCAUCCGACCGAAGCCAUGACAACGAUGAGUGCUCCUAUACCAUUCGCCCAGUCGGGUAUCGACCUGGUGGGGCCGAUGCCUCAGGGGACCGGGCAAAGGAAGUUCUUAAUAGUGGCGGUCGAUUAUUCCACGAAAUGGGUGGAGGCCGAGCCCUUAGCGAAGAUUACAGAGGAGAAAGUAAUUAAAUUCCUAUACAAUAACAUUUGCUGCCGGUUUGGUGUACCCAAAGUGUUGAUUUUCGAUAACGGCACUCAGUUCAAUGGGAAGCAGAUUCGAGCAUGGUGUGAAAAUAUGAAAAUCGAACAACACUUUGCCUCCGUGGCGCAUCCACAAGCUAACGGUCAAGUCGAGGUAACCAAUCGAAUUAUACUGAAUGGGAUGAAGACAAA